UUGAAAUUUAAUUGUGACAACAGUUAUUUAAAACAUGAAUUUAUAAAAUGCAUCAUAAUUAUGUUAAAAAACUUUACUAUUCGACGAGUUUAUAUGAAUAAUGAAAUAAUAAAGAACGUUAUAAAUAUGUCACACAAUGAUACUGAUCCUACAAUACAUAAGAAUUUUGUGGGUCAUAAAGAAGCGAUUACUUCUGUAAUUUUUCAUCCUAAUGAUUCUAAAGUUGCUACCAGUAGUUUAGAUAAAACUUUUAUUUUAUACAAUUUUUCUGAGUCAAAACGAGCUCAACGAUUUGUUGCACACACUGAUGCUAUUUGUGACAUUGCAUAUGCUCCGUCUGGUGAACUUAUCGGAACUGCAUCUAAAGAUAAAACGGUUCGAUUAUGGAUUCCUACUGCUAAUGGACAAUCUGUUAGUUUCAAAGCUCAUAUGGGAGCUGUCAGAUCUAUUGAAUUUAGCUGCAAUGGUGAACAACUUCUUACGGCGUCAGAUGAUAAAAAUAUUAAAUUAUGGGUCGUUAAACAACGACGGUUUUUAAAGUCUUUCGUAGGACAUACGAACUGGGUUCGCUGUGCACGAUUUUCAUCUGAUAAUCGAUUUUUUAUAUCAUGUAGUGAUGAUAAAACUAUCAAAGUAUGGGAUGUUUCAAGUGGGAAGUGUGUUAAAACAAUUCACGAACUCAAAGAUCCUGCACUUGAUGUUCAAUUGAAUCCGAGUGGGUUGGCAAUAGGAUCAGCGAAUGCUGGAGGAUGUGUAAAAAUUUAUGAUAUUAGAACUGGAACUCUGCACCAAUAUUAUGAAGUAUCUUCUGCACCAAUUAAUAAAAUUAGGUAUCAUCCUAAUGAAAAUUUCAUGCUGACUGCAACAGAUGAAUCCAAAAUGAAGAUUUUAGAUAUAUUAGAAGGAAGACCCAUUUAUACUAUUAAAUGUCAUGAGGAUGGUGUUUCAGCUAUAGCAUUUUCAGCUUCUGGUGAAUAUUUUGCUUCAGGCGGUAAAGAUAAACAGCUAAUAAUAUGGAAGUCUAAUUUUGAUAAAUGUGAUUUUCGAAUAGUACAAAAUCAACAAAGGCUGAACAUGAAAUAUAAUGUGAAUAAUAAGACUGAAAAAUUGUUUUCUAUGCAAGAAUUCAAACUAUUUGACCAGCAAAAAGCUAAAGAAUUAUCAACACUAUUGAAAGCAAAUUCAAAUUUUUGCUUAAACCUUAGCCAAACAAGCCUUAUCGAAGUAUUAGCAGAUCAAAUGGAAUCUUUCCGAGAUACUAUAGUUCUUUUUGAAAAAAGACUAUCGAAUAUUGAAAAUGUAAAAAAACUUAUCAAAUGAGUUUUAUAA